AUGGGCUGCCUGGACUGGCUUGCGCGAUGCGUCAGCGCGCUGCUGCUUAUCACUAUCAACGUCUUCCUGGCGCUGGGCGGGGGCCUGGUGCUCUACGUGGCCGUGUUCGUGCGCCACACCGGCUGGGUCGAGGUCGUCCAGGCCUACUGGUCGCCCAUCAACGGCCUCGCCACGACGCUCAUCGUCGUGGCCGGCGUCGUCAUCGGCAUGGCGCUGCUGGGCACUAUCGCGGCGCUGUGUCGCUGGCGAGCGGGCCUCUGCUACUACAUGGUCUUCGUGCUGCUGGUGCUGCUGCUCUUCGCGCUCGUGGGGGUCUGCGCCUUCCUGCUCUGGAGAAUGUUCUCCAACUGGGAGGACGACGCGUACCCGGCCAGCGGCAGCGAGCGCGACGUCAAGGCCGACUUCGACCAGGUCUACUGCUAUGCCCAGGGCGUGUACAUCUGCAACGAAGGCUCCGUGUCGGACGCGCUGAGCAUGUUUGCCCCCGAUCUCAAUUCCACGGUCACUGCGCUCUUUGAGAACAUGACAGGGGGCGUCAACACGCUCUGCGACGAAUACUUAAGCGAGUAUGAAGAGCUCACGGACGUGUGCGACGGAUGCGAUAAAGCUCGCGAGUUCCAGCACUUCUCGUCGGUGCUCGAGUGGUCAAACAAUGAAUGUCCCCGGGUUGCCAGCACCUUGUCGUGGUGCGGAGAGUUCUUCCUCGACGGGAGCGCGGCCAACGUCACAACGGGGACGGCACCGUACACGCACUGCCGCAACGCGUUCCUCGACCUUGUCAGCAACUACGCGCUGUAUCUGGCGAUCGGGAGCGUUAUCGUCGUCGUCGGCUCCGUGGCGGUGAUCAUCAUGUCGUGCUACCUGCGGCGCCACGACAUGUACGACGUGUACGAGGCGUACAGAGAGUAG